AUGAGCAGGGCUUUGGUCUCUGAUGGAGGAAGUAUACUGAGCUCUACGGGGAGUAUGGGUGGUGGAGGCUCAAUGAGCAGGGCUUUGAUCUCUGAUGGAGGAAGUAUACUGAGCUCUACGGGGAGUAUGGGUGGUGGAGGCUCAAUGAGCAGGGGAUUGAUCUCUGAUGGAGGAAGUAUAAUGAGGUCUACGGGGAGUAUGGGUGGUGGAGGCUUAUUGAGCAGGGCUUUGAUCUCUGAUGGAGGAAGUAUAAUGAGCUCUAUGGGGAGUAUGGAUGGAAGUACUGAACAUAAUAGAUCAAUGAUGAUUGGGCUCCAAGGAUCCCCACAGGUUUAUUCUAAGCAUGGAAGCUCCUACCCUUCUGCUGCUGAAGGACACUUCCAAACUCAUGUUCAAGCAAUGAACAGCCUAAGCACUAUGAGCUUAAUGAACUCCAACUACAUGACAAGAACUCUCAAGGGCGUUUAUGAUGUUAAAGAAAACUCUUUUAUUCCCACCUCGAAUGCUCCCCGUGCUGGACCGAGAAACUCAGUUUUUGGAGCUCCAACUUUGGUAAAUGCCACCAGCUCUCGAGCACCACCACCACCGAGCUCCAUGGGGAAUACGGCUGGUGGAGGCUCAAUGAGCAGGGCUUUGGUCUCUGAUGGAGGAAGUAUACUGAGCUCUACGGGGAGUAUGGGUGGUGGAGGCUCAAUGAGCAGGGCUUUGAUCUCUGAUGGAGGAAGUAUACUGAGCUCUACGGGGAGUAUGGGUGGUGGAGGCUCAAUGAGCAGGGGAUUGAUCUCUGAUGGAGGAAGUAUAAUGAGGUCUACGGGGAGUAUGGGUGGUGGAGGCUUAUUGAGCAGGGUUUUGAUCUCUGAUGGAGGAAGUAUGAUGAGCUCUAUGGGGAGUAUGGAUGGAAGUACUGAACAUAAUAGAUCAAUGAUGAUUGGGCUCCAAGGAACUCUCAAGGGCGUUUAUGAUGUUAAAGAAACCUUUUUAAUUCCCACCUCGAAUGGUCCCCGUGCUGGACCGAGAAGCUCAGCUUUUGGAGCUCCAGCUUUGGUAAAUGCCACCAGCUCUCGAGCACCACCACCACCGAGCUCCAUGGGGAAUACGGCUGGUGGAGGCUCAAUUAGCAGGGCUUUAGUCUUUGAUGGAGGAAGUAUACUGAGCUCUACGGGGAGUAUGGGUGGUGGAGGCUCAAUGAGCUGGGCUUUGAUCUCUGAUGGAGGAAGUAUACUGAGCUCUACGGGUAGUAUGAGUGGUGGAGGCUCAAUGAGCAGGGGAUUGAUCUCUGAUGGAGGAAGUAUAAUGAGCUCUACGGGGAGUAUGGGUGGUGGAGGCUUAUUGAGCAGUGCUUUGAUCUCUGAUGGAGGAAGUAUAAUGAGCUCUAUGGGGAGUAUGGAUGGAAGAUCCCCACAGGUUUAUUCUAUGCUUGGAAGCUCCUACCCUUCUGCUGCUGGAGGACAUUUCCAAACUCAUGUUCAAGCAAUGAACAGCCUAAGCUCUAUGAGCUUAAUGAACUCCAACUACAUGACAAGAACUCUCAAGGGCGUUUAUGAUGUUAAAGAAAACUUUUUUAUUCCCACCCCGAAUGCUCCCCGUGCUGGACCGAGAAACUGUGGUCUAAACAGUGUUCCUUAUGCUAGAUUCUAUAAUAGGUUUGUUUUUGGAGCUCCAACUUUGGUAAAUGCCACCAGCUCUCGAGCACCACCACCACCAAGCUCCAUGGGGAAUACGGCUGGUGGAGGCUCAAUGAGCAGGGCUUUGGUCUCUGAUGGAGGAAGUAUACUGAGCUCUACGGGGAGUAUGGGUGGUGGAGGCUCAAUGAGCAGGGCAUUGAUCUCUGAUGGAGGAAGUAUACUGAGCUCUACGGGGAGUAUGGGUGGUGGAGGCUCAAUGAGCAGGGGAUUGAUCUCUGAUGGAGGAAGUAUAAUGAGCUCUACGGGGAGUAUGGGUGGUGGAGGCUUAUUGAGCAGGGCUUUGAUCUCUGAUGGAGGAAGUAUAAUGAGCUCUAUGGGGAGUAUGGAUGGAAGAACUCUCAAGGGCGUUUAUGAUGUUAAAGAAAACUUUUUUAUUCCCACCUCGAAUGCUCCCCGUGCUGGACCGAGAAACUCAGUUUUUGGAGCUCCAACUUUGGUAAAUGCCACCAGCUCUCGAGCACCACCACCACCAAGCUCCAUGGGGAAUACGGCUGGUGGAGGCUCAAUGAGCAGGGCUUUGGUCUCUGAUGGAGGAAGUAUACUGAGCUCUACGGGGAGUAUGGGUGGUGGAGGCUCAAUGAGCAGGGCAUUGAUCUCUGAUGGAGGAAGUAUACUGAGCUCUACGGGGAGUAUGGGUGGUGGAGGCUCAAUGAGCAGGGGAUUGAUCUCUGAUGGAGGAAGUAUAAUGAGCUCUACGGGGAGUAUGGGUGGUGGAGGCUUAUUGAGCAGGGCUUUGAUCUCUGAUGGAGGAAGUAUAAUGAGCUCUAUGGGGAGUAUGGAUGGAAGUACUAAACAUAAUAGAUCAAUGAUGAUUGGGCUCCAAGGAUCCCCACAGGUUUAUUCUAUGCCUGGAAGCUCCUACCCUUCUGCUGUUGGAGGACAUUUCCAAACUCAUGUUCAAGCAAUGAACAGCCUAAGCUCUAUGAGCUUAAUGAACUCCAACUACAUGACAAGUAAGGAGGAAUUUAGUGAAAUUGAGAAUUCACACCUUGCGGAAGUGUUGUAG